AUGAUGAUCAAAUCAUUUUUCUUUUGCAACAAUUUUCUAGGAUUGAAUGAACAAACUAUAUGGCAACGCUUAUGCAUGAAAUUGUCGCCAAAUCUCUAUGAAUUUAAUUUUGACAGGAUCAAAUCAAUUCUCCAUUCCGUAUCACGCAUCAACCAUUUUCAUUUUGCUUUUACAAAUAAACUUGUCAAAUGCAUUUUAACGCAAUCGGUUAUAGAUUCUAGGUCUCUUACCCAAAUUUUACUCGAUCUUAAGGCCCUGCAAUAUCUGCAUUCUAACGUCUUUAAUUGCCUUGUUAAUAAACAUAUUACAAGUGCUACUAAAGUAGAUUUUUUCGAUGCAAUAAUGCUUCUACAUUUGGCUUCACAUGUUAGGGUCAGAGAUUUGAGUUUUAUCAACAAAAUCAUAGAUGUAAUUGAAAGUAAUGGGGUUUUUGAAAAAAUCAUGUUCGAUACUGGUCUAGUUUCCAGUGUUAUAAGGUCACUUGCCAGUUUGGACAUAAGUCAUCCCAUAUUUGACAAGUUUGUAAAGUCCAGUGCAUCACUGUUGUACAAAUUUAACCCACAGGAACUGUCCAACAUCGCAUUCUCAAUCAUUAUGCAAUCAAACUCCAGGCAGAUGCCGUUGCAUGAAUUUAUUAAAACAGAGUCCUUUGAAAUAUUCGUUAUGUUGUGCAAAAUGUGCCACAAAAAUUUACAUAAAAUGGUACACAUUGAAAUUAAUCAACUACGCACUGUUGGUUGGUAUUUGUUUCCAAAACAAACGAAAUCUAACGAUGAUACAAUUCAACUAUUUUCGCAAGAAUUAAAUGAAUUAAAGGACUUCUUCAAUGAAACUAUGCAGGUUAAAUUGGACUUCAAGCCUAAUCCAUCUAAAUUGCAGCGUACCGUUACUAAAUUGAUUGGCGAAUUGGGGUUGGACUUUGCCGAAGAAUAUCCCUUGGGACCAUAUUUAAUAGACCUCGUAUUGCCAAAACAUCGAAUUGCAAUUGAGGUAAAUGGGUUUUCUCACUUCUACGAUCAAACAAUACUGCAUACGAGUAAAACUAGGCUAAAAUAUUCAAUAGUGCAACGGAUGGGUUGGAAAAUUGCAGAAAUCAAUCAUCAUCAGUGGAAGAAUAUUAAUCGCACCGACAGGUUACGUAUACUACAAAGAACGCUCAAGCCUCUACUUGCUUACAAUUAA